AUGGAGGAAGCAAACCAAACUGGGAUGAUCCACUUCCACUUCCGCCCCUUCUCCCGACUCCCCGAGGUGCAGGUGCUGAUUUUCGUGACCUUUCUCGGGAUGUACCUGGUCAGCGUCAGUGGCAACCUCUCCAUUUCCCUCACCAUCUGGAUGAACCGCUGUCUGCACACCCCCAUGUACUUCUUCCUGGCAAACCUGGCAGCUCUGGAGGUCUUCUACUCCUCCACCAUCGCCCCUCUSACCCUGGCCAGCGUCCUGUCCACAGAGAGCACCCUCAUCUCCCUGCCAGGCUGCGGCACCCAGAUGUUCUUCUUCAUCUUCCUGGGCAGCGCGGACUGCAUUCUGCUGGCUGUCAUGGCCUACGACCGCUUUGUGGCCAUCUGUCACCCUCUGCGCUACACCCUCAUCAUGAGCUGGCGCGUGUGUGUGCAGCUGGCCGUGGGGUCCCUCGUGCUGGGGUUCGCCUUGGCCCUGCAGCUGACUGUGCUCAUCUUCCGGCUGCCCUUCUGCAGCAGCAAGGAGAUCAGCCUGUUCUACUGCGACGUCCUCCCUGUCAUGAGGCUGGCCUGUGCCGACACCCACGUCCAUGAGGUCACCCUGUUUGUGGUCAGUGUCAUUGUGCUCACCAUCCCCUCCCUGCUCAUCACCCUGUCCUACGUCUUCAUUGUGGCUGCCAUCCUGAAGAUGCGCUCUGCAGAGGGGAGGCACAAGGCCUUCUCCACCUGCWCCUCCCACCUGACUGUGGUGCUCCUGCAGUAUGGGUGCACAAGUGUCAUCUACCUGUGCCCCAGCUCCAGGUACUCUCCAGACAGGGGCCAGGUGGUGUCUGUGGUUUACACAUUUGUCACCCCUGUGCUGAACCCCUUGAUCUAUAGCAUGAGGAACAGGGAGCUUAAGGAGGCUUUGAAGAGAGCAAUGAUGAGGUUCCUUGUGCUCUAG